AUGCAGCUACUCGAUCUGCCACCGGAGCUCUUCGAGAGGGUUGUCGCCGCCCUUGCGCAGACAGGUACAUUUGCCGGAGACAUCGACAACGAACUUCUUGCAAAAACUUCCGUUGCGGACUUCCACAGUCGUUACCAUCAACGCCAGGCGAUCCCUGUUAGCCUUGAUAUUCAUAACCCUCUACCUCCUCUGCAUCAGCUAUACGUUAUAUCGCGUUAUAACAAGGACAAUGAUACCGACUCGAUGGGUACGCUCCCAUCUGACAUCAAGGGCUACCUUCUGAGCAACAUCGAGAUCUAUCUGCUCAAUCACAUCGAAGACAACCAUAUCAUAGCCUCUGGACUGCCGAGUUUUAUACACAAGGUCACGGAUAAGCUCAUGGAGUUUGCUACCACGGGCACAGAUCAUUCCGUUCUGCGAAAGGACUAUCUAAACGCACUUAUCCAUGGUCUGGUCCUUACAAACGAAGUUGCCCCACGGACUAUGUUCGACACAAAGCCAUUGACGUUGGACUCCGUCUUCACACCAAUCUUCAGACCUGGUUCGCGCAGCAUAGCGGAAAGGGAACGGGACCAUCUCAACUCUGCACAAGAGAACGUCAACGACAUGCUGGCAGCAGCAGCUAUGGCAGGGAGUCUCGCAGCUGUUCGUCACUACAUUUCGCAAUCUGCUGAGGUCAUUGACUGGUUCCCCAAAUACUUUGCUGGCUUUGGUAACCCUGUAACCGCGGCAGCCUGCAGUGGAAAUGUCGAAGUUCUUGAGUGUCUGCUCAUAGAAGUCAACAAUGAGCUCACGAAGCGGCAUUUCGCUCGGAUACAGCACGGUCGUAUCACCCGUUGCGGUCCACUCACAGAGACUAUCACUUCCGCAAUAAGAGCCGCAGUUCGGACCGGAAAACUGAGGGCCGUUGUCACGCUGUUCAACUUCUUGCCAAGAUGCCGCGUUGAAAUACCAGCGCAUAUGAAGUCCCGGUCAUACUACCUUACCGAUGCCAUGAGGUGGGGACAGUUGGACGUGUUCAUAUGGCUCAUGGACCAAUGGAAUCCUCUAAUCGCCGACCUGCCCUAUUGGAAUGCCCUGACUGCAGGCUUACGUCUUGCGGUCAAACACGGUCAUACCCACAUUGUGCAAUACGUCUUCGACAAAGAUUUGGUACAUCCAGAUGAUGCGGACGUCAACACUGUGCUCAUCGCUGCGACACACGGUCAUCGCGCUAUCAUACAACUGGCGCUCGACCGAGGCGUUCAGCUUACGAUGCGGAAUCUCAUCGCGGCGCUGAACGGAUCACUUCCCUUACUCAUCACCCAAUAUCUUCUGCUUCACAACGUUCCACUCGCGUCUGUGAUCAACGUGAAAGAUGGAAAGUCCAUCACUACUUCCAUCGUUCCUACAGUCGAAGCACUCUGUCGAGAAUCUAUCCACAUUCCUUUCGGCGAUUACAACGCGGUUCGGGGCGGGGAAAAGGUGCUGGCGCUCAUACUCUUGGCGAGCGAGAUGAGACGACAAAUUCCAGAGCUUACGUUGGACAACUGUGUUGAGCUGAAGAAAGUGUUCGAUAGGCUGGUCAGAAAGUGUCUGCGCUUGCCAAGGGGGUCAAUUCCGUAUCUUGAGAUGGUUGAAGAGCUGCACAGCUGGAUGGAGUGGGGAGAUGGACGAGAGUGGGCAAAUUGUGAAGUCUAG